CGAGAGGACUCACAGAGAGGCUACGCACGGCUAACUUCAUAAGUUGUGAGACACUUUAUUGUAUUGUAAUAAUUUCCCGUUCGAUGGAUCUAAGAAAAACGCGUGUCAAGAAACACAGACUUGUCAUUCAAAGCAUCUUCUCUCAUUCAAGACGUUCCAACCUCUUCUUCUUUCUCUCAAUCGAUGGACAAUUUUCGUCCAGUUUUGCCAUACCUGUGAAAAGAUUGAUGCGGUUUAUACGUGUUAUCAAGUUCAUACAAUAUUCAUCGUGGAGUCUGUAUUGCCGAAAUUUCUGCGAACAAUUCUUUUUCCAACCACGGGUCGUGCCUAAGGACCUGAUAAGUUGACUUUAAAUCGAUUUUUUACCUGGUCCAACGAUUAGGUGAAUUGUUGGAUGACCUGCACUGCACGAUAGAACUUUUAUUUGGUAUGCGUACGCCGCCGACCAUUGGCACAGAUACGCUAUUGAGUUCUAGACCAUAGAGUUGUAUAGAGCGACCGCUAGACCCAUUUUCUCUGUGAGAUCGCCGGUGAAUGUGGCUCCGGCUAAUCGCUUCGCACCGUCAGUUCACUCCGCUGCUCAAGCACAGAGCGGAAAGAUAAACGACAAACAAGGGCAUCGUCUGCUUAUUCUCCAGUCGUGAACUCUCCAGCCCUCUUCCGUCCCACGGACAUUUACCCGACAAGGACUCUAACCAACGGACCUUGUCCGUACAUCUGAGUUAAUUCGACCGAGUUUUGUGGCCUAUAUGUUUGGAGAGAAUAACUUAGCGACCAUGGCUUUCCUGCCGAGCCAAGCAGCGUCAUGUCAACGGCAAACUACGCCGCCAGGUGCCCCUCACAACCCAGUCACCAUGUCGAUGGUCAUGGAUUUUCACCGACGUGCCACUCUUUCACACGGUGCAUGUAAGAGUCACGGUGGCGUGAACCAACUAGGAGGUGUGUUCGUCAACGGAAGGCCGCUACCUGAUGUCGUUCGCCAACGCAUCGUCGAUCUCGCACACAGCGGCGUCAGGCCGUGCGAUAUCUCAAGACAACUACGGGUUUCACAUGGAUGUGUUUCCAAAAUUCUCGGCCGAUAUUAUGAAACCGGUUCAAUACGACCCGGUGUUAUCGGAGGAAGCAAACCCAAGGUUGCGACGCCAAAGGUGGUGUCGAAGAUUGCCGAUUAUAAACGACAAAAUCCGACCAUGUUCGCCUGGGAGAUUCGGGAUCGGCUGCUGGCCGAGGGCGUGUGCGAGAAAGACAACGUUCCCAGUGUCAGCUCGAUUAACAGGAUUGUAAGGAACAAGCUAGGAGACAAGAAGCUCGAUGAGCAUCAAACGGGUUGUCUUCCGACCUCUGGUUCCCCUCCAUCCUCCCUCAUCCACCCAGGGGACCCCGAAAGGACCGGCUCCUCCUACUCUAUCAACGGGAUCCUGGGCAUCCCCAAGCAGGAGAAGAGGAUCAAGGGAGAACUCUAUCCAGAUGGUACACCAGGGCAUCAUGAUGGCCAGUCUGUCUUGGCCGAAGAAGCCCGCAAGAUGAUGAAGACGAACAGUGGUGCUUUCUCUCCCCACCAGAUCGAAGCGAUGGAGAAGGCUUGUAACCCCUCACUCUACCCCGACGUCUACCGCAAGGAAAUCGCCCAGGAUGCCCGUGGUCAGGUGAUUACCAGGAAGAUGGUCGGUAUGCCUAUCUCCAGCGCCUCAGAAUACCAUGCGAGUUUAGAAGCACAGCGCCAUCAUGCGGUGACAUCAGGUUAUCAUCAAACAGGCCAGAGUCGAGAUAUGACCCCACUUCACGGCUACCCAGCCUCAUCUCAAGGCGGUUAUUCCAGCGGCUCGGUGGCCAGUAUCGUGCCUCCUCUAGUGCUUCCACCGGGCGGUGGCUCUUACAGCCAUAGCGGACGGGAAGGUGAAUAUUCCUCCCAGUUUUCACAGUACAACCAUCCCCACGCCCAAUUCUCAGUUUCAGGCCAUUACAACGAUUGGCAACGCUAUACUGGUAGCCAGAGCCUGCUAACCAAACAAGGCAGCCCCCAGGCGCAUGCCCAGAUGUCAACCCACAAUCAGGCCAGUCACCAGCAACAUCAGCAACAACACCAGCAGCAUCAGCAAUACCUGUUGCAAGCUCAAAGCCACAACGCACAUCUACAUCCCUCAUCGCAAGCUGGGUUGGUCGGCGACCCCCAUAACAGAGUUGUAUCGCCACAAAACGUCACAACCACCACCUCCCCUGCUGGCAACAGCAGCACCCCAAGCAUCAACCAUCAUCCAGGAUCGCAACCCCAGCAACAUCAUCCACAACAGAUGCGGCACAGUCCUCAUGAUCUGACGGCCACCACAAUGGCGGCGUCGCCCGAUACCAGUGUAGUUGUCAUCUCAACCGGUCCCGCUGGGGAACCAAGGGGUACAAACGUUCUGGAUCUACGUACAGGGGUAACAAAUGGCACCCCUGUCGUUUAAUAACCCCAAUCUACCCACCAUCAUCACCACAAUCAAUAACAACGAUUCAACUAGCUCAUGAUCCCCUUCCAUUGAGUAUGCUGAAUGCUGGUUCCCAUAUGUAAUUAUAUGUAUGUCUUGAAACAAACAC